UUGGUGUUAAUAAAGGAAUGAACCAAAAAAUUAUCUUGAUAAAAGGCGAGAUUAAUUUAUAAAAAUUCGAAAAAUAAGUAAAACACAAGGUAGGAUUGUCUUUGAACGUCGAAGUAAGAGUUGUAAAAAAUUUCAAAAAAAUUUUCCUGUAUAACUGGAAUAGUCCUGGUUGAACAAAUGUCGGGUAGGAUUUCAUUAUUUCUUUCGGAUUGGGGAUGUAAUCCUGUCAAUCACUGCUAUUUAAAGUUGUUUGGCCUUCCCAGUGACAGAUCCCGACCAGUUGUUUGGAUAGAUGCCGGUAUUCAUGCUCGGGAAUGGACUUCAAUACACACGGCUUUGUAUUUUAUUUACUAUAUUGCAAAUCAAAUAAAGCAAGGAACGGAUACUCGACUACUUAAAUGUUUGGAAAAAGUUGAUAUUUUAAUUUUUCCUUGUUUAAAUCCUGAUGGUUAUGAAUUUACUAGAUCAGACCCGAGAAAUCCUGCUAUCCGAAUGUGGAGGAAAAACCGUUCCAAAGAGCGUUGUGUUACUGACAGUCACAAUACUGAACGUUGCUGCAUGGUGUUGAUAUUAAUACAAAAUUUAAAAAUUAAAUACUAUUCACAGGGUGUCGAUCUAAACAGAAAUUUUGCUUUUAAAUUUGCUGAGGGCGGCACAAGCUUCUUCCCCUGCUCAGAAAUCUAUCACGGACCAAAUGCUUUUUCUGAACCGGAGAGCCGCGCAGUUCGUGAUGCUAUAAUGGAGGGGGAUUUAAAGGGAAGAAUUCCUGGGCUGAUUUCAAUGCAUGCCUAUUCACAAGUUCAACAAUUUUUCUUUAUCGAUUAAUCAAUUUUUAUCAAUUUUUUAUCAGCUCUGGAUUUAUCCGUACUCACACAGGAGACACUCGUAUCCACCUGAUGUUGAGGAUUUGGUAUGUUUAAUGGGAAACUCUCGAUAUUAGACUCAUAGAAACUGAGAAGUCGCUUAUAACGGGAGUCAAUAAUAGUCGCUAAUAACGAGCAUUGACUAUAUUGAAUAUAGGAGCGGUCUAUCGUUGGAACAUUCUUC